AUGGUCUUGACCCAGACCCAUGGCAUGAGCUGCGGAAAAUUUAUUUUUGGCUUCCUCCAAGGCUUUCGGCUGAUGCGAUUGUUGCGCUUCACACGCCUGGCUCGUAUGGCGCGCUUGCUGCGCAGCAUCCCAGAGUUGUUGAUUAUCGUGAGGGCCAUUGCCAUCGCCCUUCGCUCAGUCUUUUUCUUGAUGGUUCUGCUGGUGGGCCUCGUCUACGUCUUUGCUCUGCUCUUCAUGGAGCUUUUGGAUGGGAAGAACCAAGCUCCAGGUUCUUUGGCAUAUGACAGCUUUCGUUCUUUGCCGCAGUCUAUGAAUACCUUGCUACUGGCGGGAGCCUUGCCCGAUCAGUCCAGUCUGGUUGAGGAUGCUGGAGCUACACACUUCUUGCUCUAUCCCUUGAUGCUCCUUUACAUGCUACUGGCAUCCCUCACAGUGAUGAAUAUGCUGGUGGGCAUUCUUUGUGAGGUCGUCACAGUGGUUUCAGCAGUUGAGAAAGAGGAGAUUUUGUUGAAAUCGGUGAAGUCGUUGCUCAAGCAGCUCCUACUGGAUGCGCAAGCGGACGAAGACGGCGAUGGCAGCAUCUCUCGAAGAGAAUUUGACAAGAUGCUCACGAACCCCACCUGCGUGAGAACCUUGAGCGAAGUGGGUGUCGAUGUUUUUGCCCUGGUGGACUUGGCGGAUUUCAUCUUCGGGCAGAAGGAGAGUCUUUGGAGACCCGGUUUACAACGUGUCCGGAUGAGCAGACUUUGCCCCCGAUGCUGGCUUGAGCAGCGCCACAAGCCCACGAAGUCAGCCCGCAGUGAUGGGCAGCAUGGGAUGUACAACUUGUAUCAGGCGCCUCAGGGCAACAACGAGAAGGCGCGUCAGGGCAACAAAGAGAAGGAUGCAGCAAUUGCCACUGUGGAUGUGGUCGGGACCAACGCCAUCAAAACAGUGGUGCGUUCGAUCUUGACUGCAGAAGCAGCCAUCAAUGCCGAUGACUUCAGUGGGAGGCCUCAGUGCCGGCUGGCGGUGACACCCCGCCGGAGCCCGGAAGUCAUUGAGGAGGCAGGAGACCGGCGAGGCCUUGAGCUUCGGAUACGAUGUACCACAGAUCUCCCACCACCUGCAGAGGGAGAAAUCCGCGUUGCGCGCGGCACCAACGUGGGCAAGCUCGCCGGCAGCGUGGCGCGGCGCCUCCGCGAGCGGAACGUGGCGCUGGUGCGCGGUGCAGGUGCUGUUGCGCUUAAACACCAACUGCGAGCGAUUGCUGUUGCGUCAGGUUACCUGGAGGAGCGAGACGAGCUGCAAACCGAGCUGGUGGCCUUGCUCCGCCUAGCGCUGGUGCCCAGCAAGAGGGGCAUAUUGGACCAAAAAGCAACUUGA